GUCACUUCUUGCGCUCUUUGAUAUCCUGCUUCUCAAGCUGAAUCCCUGACGACAAGCAAUGGCAAUGACAGACAACACAGCCACCGGUCCCGAAGCGGCCCAUGGCAGACCUGCAGUUGACUUUGAUGCAAUUGUCAUCGGAGCAGGAUUUGGUGGAGUUCGCAUGAUGUACGAGUUCCAGAAACGCGGCAUCACCGCCAAAUUGUUUGAAGCAGGCUCCAACGUUGGGGGAACGUGGUACUGGAAUCGAUAUCCCGGUGCACGAACUGACAGCGAGAGCUGGGUUUAUGUCCUGACAUUCCUCGAAGAGAUCGACAUGGGUUGGAAGUGGAAAGAGCGCUUUCCGACCCAACCGGAAGUGGAACAAUAUUUCAACCGCGUCGUUGAUCAUCUCGAUCUUCGCAAGGACAUGGAGUUCAAUACUCGUGUUACGGCGGCCCAUCGUGACGAGACCAACAAUAUCUGGAAAGUGACAACUUCCAAAGGAUCCACAUACACAUGUACAUUCUUGAUCACGGCCACCGGCCCUCUUGCAACCCCUCUCAAGCCACCCUUCCCAGGGCUGAACUCUUUCAAGGGCGAAUGGUAUGUGACGGGGCUCUGGCCCAAGCAUAAAGUCGAUUUCGCUGGCAAGCGGGUCGCAGUCAUUGGGACCGGUGCAACUUCCGUCCAAAUGGUUCCGCUCAUUGCUCACACUGCCAAGUCCCUUACGGUGUUUCAGCGGACGCCGAGUUGUGUGCUUCCCGCGCGCAACCAUCCUCUCACAGACCAUCAACAAGCCGAAUUGCAGCGAGACUGUCUCAACAUGUUCCAGCGCGUCAGAACGUCGGUCUUCGGAAUGGACUUCCAAGACCCUCGAUACCGCUUUACGGACCUCAAAAGUGACUCUGAAGCCCAGAGAGUUCUCGAGUAUGGCUGGGAGACUGGCGGCUUUCGCUUCAUUUUCCAAACCUUCGCAGAUAUGCUCACCAACAAGGAAUGUAACGAUCUGGCUGCAGAAUUCAUCCGAAGCAAGAUCCGUUCCAUUGUCAAAGACCAGGAAACAGCGGAGUUGUUGUGUCCGUAUUAUCCUGUCCUUGCUAAGCGACCGCCAUUGGGUCACUACUACUACGAAGCCUUCAACAGGGACAAUGUCAAACUGGUGGACAUCAAGAACAAUCCCAUCAAGGAGAUCACGCCCACAGGCUUGCGGACCGGUACCACUGAAUAUGAGUUCGACAUGAUCAUCUACGCCCUUGGGUUCGAUGCCAUCACAGGCACCCUGGCCCAAAUCGACCUUCGCGGAAGCCAAGGCCAGGAUCUCGGAAAGCAGCUGCACGAGAGAAUGGCCACCGCCUAUGGCAUCAUGGUUGAAAACUUUCCCAACCUCUUCAUGAUGACCGGGCCACAGUCUCCUUUCGCCAAUAUCCCGGUUGUCGUCGAUCAAACGGCGGACUGGAUCGGCAGGACCAUCUUGUACAUGCGUGACCACGGGCAUGCCCGGAUGGAUACGAAAAAGGAAACAGCCGACACCUGGCGAGAAAAGGUCAACGCCGUGUUCAAUGCGACCGUCCUCCCGCAAGGUGCCAAGGAUACCAAUUCGUGGUUUGUUGGAGCCAAUGUGGAGGGCAAGCCUAUCGAGCCAUUGUUGUGGCUGGGCGGCGUGGGUCCUUAUGUUCAAGAGUGUGAAAGGGAGAUCAACAAUGACUUUCCGGGGUUCAGGUUCUCGUCAUCUUCUCAGCUCGAAAAUGGCCAGAGCUCCACCGGAACCACGACCAGUGACGGGACUAGAGAAUCUCGGCUGUAGACCUCAAACUGUGACCAGACUGAAGGCUGAGAGGCUUCUUGAUGCUUCAUUGGAGUCAUUGUGAGAGAAGGAAGGGGAAGCCGUGAAAGAAGGCCAGUAGCUAUUGGGCGAUUUUGCAAACUAUCUUUCAAC